AUGGUUCGAAACUUAUCCGAUGUGGCCACCCUGCCCGGCUAUAUUGAGCCGCCAAGCAAAUUGCCCAGGGAGAAGGAAGACGAGGACCUAGGAGACGAAGACGAGGAACCUCCUGUCAAUGACCUGGACACGGGUGCCCUCAUCAAUGAAUUGAUGCGCAGAGAUCUCAUGCCGAAGACAGUCGAUUUGGACCCCCACGAACAAAAAUGUGCUGCAAACAAUCCCGAGAGUCUAAUUUGGAAAUUUUCCGCAUUGGAGGAGCCAGUGAGCGACCAAGAAGUUUCCUAUCGCGGAACUCAGCUUGUUUUGACGAAGGUCUACGAUCUCAUAGAGCAACGGUAUAUGGCCUUUACGGAUGUUACGGGUGUUGAACCCUUGCUUCCAUUUGCUAUGGACAGGGUGGAGCGAAAGGACUACUUUGCAUUCACGAAGACCAAAGAUGACGGCUAUCCCCCUCACCUUGACCUGGGUCUCAACAAAAAGUGGCCAGACAUUGGCGAUGAAGAUCCGAAUUGGCGAUCAACCCUUGGACAACGGCAAAUUUUCAAUCCCACUUAUCUAUUGCAGCUGGCUGCUAUCAUGAGCAAAUUGGUAAUACCAAGUCUUGUUCCAGGCGUCGGCACGCCCGCUAGUGGCAAGACAAUCGCGGAAGUGGAAAAAUAUAACCGUGAUCGAAUUGCCCUUAACCGAAACAAAGAGACGCGGCAGACUUUGUACGAUAUUUUCGACGUUCCUAACGUGGGAGAGUUGGAGGAUUGGUACAGCGAUGAUCGUUUUGCCCAGCAACAAUUCACGGGAACAAAUCCUACAACCAUCCAGCUAGCUUCGGAGACUUGGCUUAAUCGCUUUUCUCGGGCUGCUACAAAGGAACCGGAAGAUGCGGUCGCUAAGGAUACCAUCGAUAAGCUCAUUGGAAAACAUCCGGAGUCAUUAUAUGUGCAGGAUUACAGCUACUUCCGCGAUGCUGCAGGGAUCAAGAACAUGGAAGCUGAGAUAAAAUGUCACAAGUGGUUCCAGAGCGCUCGUUGGGGCUGUGCGGCAGUGUGUCUCUUCUUCCUUGAUAACGAGGGACUGCUUCACCCGCUCGCAAUUGUCACGGAUUGGCGAGACAGUAUGGAGGCUUCUGUGAUCAUCUUCAACCGGGAACUAUUCAAACGAAUGAAUCUCCUAACUGGAAAGUCGAAGGAUCCCAUCCCGACGGAAAAGAGGACUGACGAGGCUGCUGACUGGCCGUGGAGAUACGCCAAAACCUGUGUCCAAGUCAGCGAUUGGUUUCGUCAUGAAGUCACUGCACAUCUUACUCGUACGCAUCUCGUCGAAGAGGCUAUAAUUGUCUCUGCAAAUCGGCAGUUCGACCCCAAACACCCUGUUUUUAUGAUUCUUCGUCCCCACUGGCAAAAGACACUUGCUCUUAAUGCGUCUGCGCGGGGUAUUCUCGUUCCAUCUGUCAUUCUUCGCAUCAUUGGGUUUGAGGACCAACAGGCCUUAAAUUUUAUCCAGAGUGAAUACAAGACCUAUGAAUUCGAGAAGAGUUACGUGCCAACAGACCUCCGCAAUCGGGGGUUCCCUCCGGAAGAACUCGACUCGAAGAAGUUUCGCAACUACACCUAUGCCAGAUGUGUCAAUAGCAUGUGGAAGAAGAUCAGAACCUACGUCGAAGAGACGCUGUUGCUGGAUUAUGGACACGGCCUUGCCGAGAAGGAGUUGAACAAAAAGGUCGAGACCGACAAAUCAAUUGAGAAGUGGUGGCAAGAAAUGCAGUCGCCUAGUGGUGCCGAUCUACGCUCAUUCCCCGAAAUCAAGACCUUUGAGCAGCUCGUCGACUGCGUGACGAUGUGUAUUCACAUUGCAUCACCGCAACAUACAGCGGUCAACUAUCUGCAGGCCUACUAUCAAGGAUUCGUGAUCAGCAAACCAUCCUGUCUUUUUGCGCCGCCUCCAACCUCCCUGAAACAACUGCUCGCAUACACCGAAACGGACCUUACCAAGGCACUGCCAAUCGGUUAUAUAAGGGAAUGGUUGUUGUCUUCGCACGUUCCAUACCUCCUCAGUUUCAAACCAGACGAGAAAAAGGAAACGCUGAUCGGGUGCAUUGAGUCGGCUCGCGCAUUGGUUCUGAAUAAGGAGAGUCCCGAAUAUAAGGUGCUUGACAAUUUCUGGAACGAGCUUGAUAAAAGCGCAAAGGAAUUCCAGCAAUACGCCGACGAAAAGUGGGAUGCCAAGGAUAUUCCUUACACUGUCUUGAAGCCAAAGUUCAAUGCUGUGUCGAUUUUGAUUUAG